GAGAGGAGGAAAAGCGUGUUUACACAGACGGCCGAGAGUCUGGGGAAUAAUGCGCAAGAGGAAGUGAGCCGGCUCUAUGUCUGCGCGCUCCGACUUCCUGCUCUGAAGAAGGAGAAAAAAACCUCUGGAUCCCCUUACAUUCUCGAGCGCCGCAGCCCAGACGGCAUCAGCAUGGAAAACCAGCGCAUUAUACGGAAUUCUCUUUAAAAACAUAUACGGAAGGAAAGUAGACGUCUAACACCAGGUCAUGGAGAGUGCCAUCACGUUGUGGCAGUUCCUGCUGCAGCUGUUAUUGGACCAGAGCCACAAGCACCUGAUCUGCUGGACGUCUAACGACGGGGAGUUUAAACUGCUCAAGUCGGAAGAGGUGGCCAAGCUGUGGGGCCUGAGGAAGAACAAGACCAACAUGAACUAUGACAAGCUGAGCCGCGCCCUGCGUUACUACUAUGACAAGAACAUCAUCAAGAAGGUGAUUGGCCAGAAGUUUGUGUACAAAUUUGUGUCCUUCCCGGAGAUCCUGAAGAUGGACCCCGCGGCGGUGGAGAUGGGAGUGAGGGUGUGUGAUGAGGCUGGUGGGGCCCUGUCAGAGGGGGAGGGGGAUGAGGAGGGGGUGAGGGGUGGCCCCCCAGGGAGGAACGAGUACCUCCACUCAGGCCUCUACUCCUCCUUUACCGUCAGCUCCCUCCAGCAUCCCCAGGACCUCCUCCGCCCCCCUGAUUUACUCCGGCCAAUCAAGGUGGAGCCUCGACAUGAUCACCAUGACGACAGUGGCACGGUGAUUCGCUUUGUUCAGAACCGCAGCCAUAAGGGCGUUGCACUGCCGGUGGUGUCUCUGCCGUCAUCCCCGAUCCCUUGCUCCAAUGAGGGCUACUAUUCAUCCAAACCUUCCCCAAGGCUAGCCCACUCCUCGUCCUGCUCCUCCUCCCCAUCACACAGCCCCACACACACACUCUGGAGGGCACGGAGCCCCGCCCCUGAGACUGACGAAUUAGAGCAGAGCGCUCAACCCCUUAACCUAUCAUCUGGUCACAGAGAUCGUGGCCAGGCCACACCCACACCAGAGAAGAGGGGCUUAGCCAAUAGCGUCCCGCCAAAAACCAGGAAGCCUAAAGGCCUGGAGAUAUCCGCACCCUCCCUGCUCCUGACAGCCAAUGACAUUGGCUCUAUCGCCCUCAACAGUCCUGCACUGCCCUCAGGGUCCCUAACACCAGCCUUCUUCACUGCACAGACUCCCUCAGGUCUCAUCCUCACCCCCAGUCCCCUGCUGUCCAGUAUCCAUUUCUGGAGCAGCCUGAGUCCCGUAGGACCCCUGAGCCCCGCUCGCCUGCAGGGCCAUGGACCCCUGUUCCAGUUCCCCACCCUCCUGAAUGGGCCCAUCCCAGUCCCCCUGUCCAGCCUGGACACCUCCUCCCCCCUACUGCUAUCCCACAGCCCACAUAUGUCCUGAUCCUCCUGGAGGACAGUACCAUACCCUACUGGACUCUACUACCAACUGGACCAAAACAGGCUUAAAUCAGGCCCGACCAGAACAAAUAUGCCCAGUCCACGCAUUUUCAAAUCCUGGACCCCAACACAGCAGGACUCGAGGCCAAAUGUAGGUUAAGCCAGCAAAAAUCAGGACACUGCUGCAAACCUACUGGAUCAGCCUUUAACUGCGUCAAUAUCAUUGACUUGAAGAUACAUUUUCUUUAUCUUAUUUGAAACAGAUUUUUUGUAAACUUUCUUGUGUUUAGUUUGGAUCUCAUUCAUCUUGAAAACAUUUUCUAUCCCAUAUUUAUCCACUUCACAAUGCCAGAAUGCUGUCCCAUGCAUUGUACCUUGUCAGCCCUUUAUCAAAUGCCUGGUGUAUGGUUAUAACGCUUUAUAAAAGAGACAGGGCGUGGUUAUAAAUGUUUGUAUCAUUGUAUAGUGGUUGAUAUGUUCAUUUGAGGCUGUGAACCUGGUUGUAUUGUUCUGGCUAAGUGUUUUUAUAUGGUUUUGUAUUGUAUUACACUUUAUAUGCAUUAUUACCUUGUACCGGCUGUGCCUUCUCAAAUGUAAGACUUAUGUAAAUGUUUUAUUUUCAAGCUUUAAAACGUUUUUUUUUUUUAUAUAGACGAAAUUCCAGUUCAAUAUUGAACAGCUUUUGGUUAUUUUUUUAUUUUAUAAAGGAAUUGAUACAAAUGUAUUCUCAAUGAUUUGCUAUUUUUUUGCGGUCCGAGAGUCAAGUAAAAAUGUCUUACACACGGUUUUAAAUAAACAUGAAGCAUUGAAUGCUAUUCAAGAAAACCACAAUAAAGACAAGGACAAGUG